AUGAAAUCCCUCUUGACUCUCCUUUGCAUAUCUAGUUUGGCGAUGGCCCAACUAUGUGUAGACAACAGGGCUCCAAGCUUUCAGCCUAAAAAUAAACCGUUAGGAUGUUAUGUUCUAAACAGAACUAUGCCUGACUCUUUAAAUGGCCUUUCUUCCCUGAGUCGGCCUGAUUUUAGUUUCUCUGACCCUUACGUGUUGGAUAGAGACGGUUUACUCAUGGAUGAAGGAUUAUGUGUCGCUCAUUGUGCUAAUUAUCUUUUCACGUUUGCAGCUCUUAGACGGGGCGAAGAAUGUAGAUGUGGAAAAGACGAUGGAUUGAAAUCAUACAAACUAGUCGACAACUCCCAAUGCAAUACAACAUGUAUUGGUAAUAAUACAAGUGCAUGCGGAGGGCAAGAAGCUUAUACAGUUUACGGCAAUGUUACCGCCGAAUUACCAACCGUCAAAGUAACAAAAAUAAGUAUCGACGAAAAAAUCAAUGUUAUUCGUGAUCUCAACAAUGACAUAUCGUAUAAAGGCUGUAUUCCAGAUAGUCUUAUCUGCCACCGAGAAACCUUAAUGCAAGAGACCUUUGACAUGAAAAUAGAGACUUGCACAACAUUUUGCAGAGGCCAUGGUUUCCAAGACGCGGGGCUCGAGUCAGGAACUCGUUGCAUUUGUAUAAAUAACUAUGAAUCUACGGAUCUGCUACGUCCCGAAGAGUGUAGUUCCAGUUGUGCAGGAAAUAGCUCGACAAUUUGUGGAGGACCCGAGGCCAUUAGCGUAUACGCUUCAGACAGAGUUGAUCCUAUAAUCGAUCAUAGCUCACCAUUGAAGCCAUUAAUAUCUGCAAUUAUAGCAGCAGUAACCGCAUUGAUUGCAGUACUAAUUAUUAUACAUCGUUCGCGUAAACGAAUUGCGAGGUUUUGGGCUCGUUUACGUGGCAAGACUGAACCCACGAACGCUGAGCUCACAUAUUCGGUUAAAAAUCCUGAUGUCGAGUCUACUCAACUUACAGACUCGACUACUCAUCUUACUACAAGCUAUAGUCAAGAUAAAUAA